GUGAACAUGAAUGUACUCAUUGUAAGACAGGAACAAACUGUAGGAAGAGUGACGGCUACUGUUAUAGUGUAUGUGCUGAUGGUCUCACUGGCAAUUUUUGUGAUAGCCAUUGUAACGCAGGAUGUGAAACAUGUCAAAAAUGGAAUGCUAAUAAAUGUCCAUCUUGUAAAACUGGCAGGUAUGGCAAUGACGGACAGUACUUAACAUGCAAUAACCAUUGCAAUAAAAACUGUCUGAACAACACGUGUGAGACUUGGUACGGUCAAUGUGACCAAGGUUGUGUGAAUGGAUACGAAGGAAUUUAUUGUAUCAAUAAAUGCCCAAGACAUUGUUUGAACGAAACAUGUCAAAGGAACACUGCUGCAUGUGUUCACGGAUGUGAUGACGGAUAUUAUGGCCUUCAAUGUUUUUAUACAUGUACAAGCGUUGACUCGAACUGUCUCGUUUGUACUUCAAAUGAAAACACAUUCAGUUCUUGUACACGGUGCACUAAUGGGUCAUACCCAGGAUCCAGGGGGAAGUGCGUUCCAUGUGAAACGAAUUGUUCAGGAGGCUGUAACUCAUCCACGGGAGUAUGUUAUGCAUGUGAAGAUGGAUAUAGGGGGUCGUUCUGUAACGUUUCAUGUGCGUCGAAUUGUAAAUCAUGCCUAACGAUCAAUGCAAUUUUUGCAAAGAGGAGUUUUGGGGUAGUAACUGCUUAAUCAAUUGCAACAUCAACUGUAAACACGGGAAUGAUUCAAUGUCCAGCUGUGAUAUAAAUUCCGGGAAUUGCAAACAUGGGUGCCUACCUGAAUCACAUGGAUUACAGUGUUCUCUUCUGUGUGACAAGCAUUGCCUUGUUUCUGAACAUGGUGCUCUUGAAUGCAACCAAAUGGAUGGUCAGUGUAGAUUAGGAUGUUCAAAUGGGUACAAACAGACGGACACAGGAUGUAUUAAUGUUGGUGAUGACGGUGCUGGAACGUCCGGAGCAACAGUUGGUGGCGCUGUUGGUGGUGCUGUCUCCCUUCUAGCAAUUGCCCUUGUCAUCGGGAUGUUCAUCUUCAUAUUGAGAAGACGAAGAAAGGACAGUAACAGUGGCAUAGAAGCAGAUGCAAGAGCAGACGAAGAGGCAAGAACAUACGAGCAGCUACAAGAACGGACAGAACAACCAAUCUACCAGAACCAGAAUGUCGAUGACAAUGGCACUGACAAUUAUGCCGUGUUGUUUACAGAUACAAAUAUUUAAUUCGUUAUCUUUUAUCAAUCAUUCACAUGAAAUCACAUGUGUUUGUGAGAUGUAGUCUAGAGUGUAUAAGGUGCAUCACAUAGUAUUGCUUCUGAUGAUAUAAUCAUUGUAAUGUAUAUUACAUACAAGAGUAUUUAAAAUGCCAUGAUAAACGUAGAUCAUGAUUAAUUAUUGUCACGACUUUAAAACAUCUAAACUCUUCUUGACCUGUGCACAUAUAUCUCCAUGUAUUCGGAAAUCGUUUUAUGUUGAA